ACUGCGUUUUGUUCCAUUUCAGUUCAAACUUUCAACAGGUGAUGUGAGUAAUUUUAAUGCGCUGCUAGUGUUUUUUUUAAAUUUUUGUGUUUUUUGAACGAGACUCAUAGAGGAUGCGCGUCCUUUUAUUGUUCUGUCUGGUAGCCGUAGCGGCUUGCGCUACAACUCAUCAGCCAAUUGGCAACUCUGUCCAGGAUGGAGCCAAAGAGAAGUUGCACGUUUCCAAAACCAAAGUGACCACCAAGCCGGAUCUGGUCUCCGAUAAGCCAGUCGUUGACGAGAAAGCUGACAAAGAAACAGAACCGGCCGAGCUCAAAGAUCUUGAUCUCAGCAAUGACAUCGAAGAUCCAAAUGAAGCCGAUGAUGACGAUGGUGAUGACGAUUUCUACGAGGAUGAUGACGAUGACGACGACGACGAUGAUGAUGACGAUGAAGCUUACGAUGAUGACUCAAGUGAUCCGAGCCUGAAAGAAAAUGUCCUGUUUUCAGAGGAUAAACUUUGCCCGCGUGAUUGUCGUUGUAAAACAAACACCAACAAUUUUAGAACUGCCCAUUGCACCCAAUUAGACCCGGAGGUUCAGAAAUUUGGUUCUGACAUUUCAGAUCUUGUUAUGGUAAACGCGAAGAAGGUUCGAUUGGAUGAUAAUAUUUUCAGAAGAUUAGGUUUAUCCAAAUUAUCGUCUAUUAAAAUCGUAGACAGUGAAGUAGAAAUUUUAUCAUCAAGAGCGUUUCAUGGUUUGCAUGAACUUUAUUCUUUGAAUUUAACUAACUGCGGAAUCACACAAUUAGAGCCUGAUACUUUCGCCGAUAACAAGAAAUUAACUUUACUCAGUCUUUCGGGUAAUAGUUUGCGCAAUGUAGUUAAUAGCAAAUCUUUUGCUUCGAACUUCAUUAAUUCUACUACAAUUCAAGAAUUGGAUAUGUCAAAUUGUAAUCUUCCCUGGUUACUCGAUGAUACUUUUGCCAAAUUACCAAAUUUGAUGUACCUCAAUCUUGCAGGCAAUAAAUUAACUUUCGGUGAAGCUCCUGAAACCAGCAAAGUUUUCUUGAAUGCCGAUUUAUUGGAAGAGAUCGAUCUUUCUGACAACCAGAUCAAAAAUUUGUCUGGAAGAAUAUUUAAUGAGAAUCUAGAGACUUUGAGAUUAAGAAAUAACCCUAUGGUACGAAUUAAGGAUUUCAAUUUACCUCAACUGCAAGUGUUGGAUUUAAGCGAGUGCCAGUUUUCUCUUAUAGAUGCUGAUAUGUUCAGAGGAAUUGGAUCUCUUAGCAGUUUGAAUCUCAGUAGUAAUGGAAUAGUAGAAAUCUAUCCAAGAGCUUUCGAUAAUUUGAUUGACUUGAGAUUUAUUGACUUGACACAUAAUCUACUUACUUUCUUACCUGACAACGUCUUCCAAAAUAAUGAUCAUUUGGAUGUUAUUAAAAUUUCUAACAACCCGAAUCUCAUGAAUUUGCCUAGAUUUCAUUCAAAUUUGUCAUCGUUUACCACUUAUAUGUUUGAAGCAGUAAAUUGCGGAUUACUUAGCUUAGACAAACAUACAUUUGCUGAAAUGCCUUCCAUGGCUCAACUGAAUUUAGCUCAGAACUCGAUCAAAGAUUUAAAAUAUAAUAUUUUCUGGCAUAUGCGCAAUUUAAUCAGCUUAGAUUUGAGUAAUAAUAAAAUCAACAAACUCGAUACUAGAAUAUUUAAAAAUAGUAAAAGUUUAAACAAACUUUUGUUAUCAGGCAAUCCAUUGAAGACCGUUGAAGCUAAAGUAUUCCUUCCUCUCAGUCUUCUCAACUGGUUGGAUUUGAGUGAUUGCGGUCUUAAUCAAUUGUGGUUGGAAUCGAAUGUUGGUGCUAAAGAUGUACUCAGUUCUUUAAAAUUCUUGAACAUAUCUAAAAAUCAUUUACGUUCUAUCCGAGUAGCUGAACUUGAAGUAAGUUCACGUUUACGUACUAUUGAUUUUUCACAAAAUCCAAUUCAAUGUGAUGUCGACUUCCGUGAUUUAAUCACAUAUAUGGGAGACAAUAACAUCAGUCCAGGUGAACCAGAGCCUUACUCAUCUGAUCUUUCUGAGUUCUACCCACAAGAUGAUGUAAUAGAGGAAUGGAAUGUUGUAGCUCGUAAGAUUUGCGGAGACGCUUAUGAUGAAGACGAUCUUACAAAGAUUGAGAAAAUGUUGGAUAAAAAGAUUCAAGAAGUUGACAAGGAUGUAGAAAAGUACAGCAAAAUGAAGAUCGAACAAGAAUCUAACAAGAAUAAAGAAAAAUCGUUGGAAGAUGAUGACGAUGAUGACAGUUCACUGGACGAUGAUGAUGAUAAUGAUGAUUAUGUGUACGAGUAUGAAUAUGAUUCAAAGGGAGUCAAAAAUAACAAAGAUAAAGUUUCAUUAAAAGAAGCUAUUUUACUCAUGGAGAAAAUGCAAAAUAAAAUGGACGAUUCCAGCACUGUGUUCAGCGAUCUGGACGAUGAUCUCUUGGAAGCUGAAAUUUUGCAGUCUGCAAAUGCAGGAAGUCAUGAAAGCAUUUUCAGAGGUCGCUAUCAUUACGUGUGGCCUAUGUUGCUUCUCCUUUUGAUCGUUCUUACCGUUUUGUUUGUCGUUGGAAAAAUAGUUCACAUUUGCACCAAUAACCGACAACGUUCAUUAAAAUAUCAGAAUAUAAUAACUGCUGUGAAUCACAAGAUCGUAAAGAAGAAGGAUUGUGGAUUAGUAUAUCAACCUCUAUCAGAAGAAAUCAGAUGUCCACCAACGCCAAUAGUGACACGCUAUCCAAGCUAUUUGAGCAGUCCGUUCCAUCAUGAAAAAAUUACCCCCGAACAAGUGUAGCUUUAAAAUAUUUAAUUCUGUCGCAAAAUUUGCUUGGUUAGUCUCCAUCGUAAAUUGAUUUGCAAAUAACAAUAUAGGAAUUUUAACAGCAGCGCUGUUUGUAGAAACUGUAGUCAAAGAGAACAAACCUUUAGGAUCAGAAUUAAUUUAUGUUACUUUGGCUUAUACAUUCCUCGAUCAAUUUACUUAAGUAAAAUAGUACGCUGUGGAUACUUCAAUGAGAUAUUGUCAUAUGUAACGGCAUGGGUAAUAAAUAAUUUAGUUGUUUAUACUGUCUACUUAAAAUAAAAUUGGUUUAAAUAUGACUUUAUAACUAAACAUAUUUAACCAACAGGAAAUAUAGUUAUAAUUAGUAAUGAUUUUAACAUUACAUUGUCUUGUAAGUAAGUAUAAUGUCCAGUCUCAUGAUAAUAUCUUAUUGUUAGUUAUUAUGAUAAGCAAACCUGUGAACAACACUGAAACAUAUUAGUUUAGUGCCUUAUCUGUAACUCAUAAUUCUGUGGGAACAUCUAACAUUUUUUUAGAGCUCGACAAUAAACAAUUAUUAAAUUUGGCAUUACGGUAACUAGUCUUUGGUGUUCAAACGAACGACAGCACAAACCACAAAAGCAUCCUGCUUAGAUUGUAGAACUUCAAACAAGGCCAUCUUAAUAAUUUUAAGCAAAAAAUUGGGA